GCUAACAAAAUGACCUGGCAAGACAUAAAAAAAUAUAUUUCAGUUCCAGUUUUUUUGGCAAUUGCAUCGGCAAUGUAUCUGGUUGAUAAAAAAAUGCAUAAAUGUUAAAAAAAUUUCGGCUAAUAAAAAUGUGUAAAAAAAGAAAAAAAAAAAAAAAAACAAUCAACAUAAAAGUUCAUGUGGGUUAUAAAUAAUAAAAUAAAACUAUGGAAAGUGAAAAAAUAAUAUUUGACAAAUCGAAAAAUUCAUUAUCUAAAAACGUUGAUAAAUCAAUUUCAAAAAAAUUAAUAAAAAGUGACUUAUCAUCUGAUAAAAUAUCAAGCAGCAGCAGCAGUGAAAUAAAAAAACUACAAUUACAACAAUAUGACGAUUCAGAAAAAAAUUUAUCAAAAAGAAAAACUAUUACAGCUAGAAAAUAUGACAGAGAUACAUUACGAGAAAUUGAAAUUAGAAGAAAAACAAUGUACGUAUCAGAAAGUGAUUUUUUAAAUUCUGGUGAAAAAAAUAUUGACAAAGAAUCAAGAUACAAUUCAGUUGAUCGUCAUAAUUCACAUAAGCUAUCAAAAAAUAUUAUAACAGAAUCAUCAAGUCAUCCAAAAUUAUCAGAUAAUAUUCCUGUUCAUUGUAUGAAUUUCGAUUUUCCACCAAGUGAUGAUUUAUCAGUUGAUGAAGCAAAUUGUUAUGCAAAUAUACUUGAUGAAGCUUGGCAACAAUUGGAUCUUUUGAGACUUGUUAUUCCAGCUGACGUUGAUGACAAUUGGAAUGAAAAUUAUCAAUCGAUUGAUAGUAAAUAUGGUGACUAUGAUGAAACUGAUUGUCAAAAUUUAUUAAAACCAAUAGUAUCAAUUGCUGAAAAAUUACAAAAAGAUAGAACAUAUGCAGCAAAUGUGAUGAAAGAAUUGAUUAAAGAUUUAAGAAACCAAAGACGUUAUGAUUAUUUGGAAAUUGAAAUUGAAAAUAUUGCAAAAACAAUGGAAGAUGAACAUAAUUUGUUUGUUAAUCAUGAAAUAUGGUCAGAGCAAUUGUUGCAGCUUAAAAAAUUAAUUGAAAGUGAAAAAAUUGAUCAUAAAAAAUUAGUUGAUCAAUUGAUAAUUGCAGUACGUAAAUCAGCUGUUGGAAUUGACGAUGCAAUGUUUAAUAAUAAUUCUGAAUUUUCAUGCAGACAACAGUGGGAACAAAUGAGAUUGGAUGGUCAAAAAUAUAGACUAGAAUUAAAAGAACAAAAAUAUCUAAAUGAUUUAAGUAAAAUUGAACAAACAGAAAAAGUUGAUGAUAUUAUUUUUGCUGAAAUGAGAGAAUUUCUUGAGAAUGAUAUUAGAAAACUUGAGGAAAAAUCAAUUGCUUGGUUAAAGAAAUACAACGACACUUUGGAUUUACGUCAGCAAGAAUUUUAUCGAAUACGUGAUGAAAUAACAAAAGCCCAAGAAGAACUUGAUGACAAAGAAAAUUUAUUAAUGACUAGAGAAAAAUUUGUCGAGGAUUGUCAAAAGCAAAGACAAAUUAUUGCCGAUGAAAAAGAAUAUUGGGAAAUUGUUAAUCGAUCUGCUGUUAUUAUUCAAUCAUUGUGGAAAGGAUUUAUGGUGAGACAACAGUUGGGACAAUAUCAGGGUCUUUGGAAGUCAUUGAAAAAACGAAAAAAAUUAGCAGCAAAAAGAAAAAAAAAAUUAGAAGCUAAAAGAAGAAAACUAGAAGCUAAAAAGGCUGAAAAAAAAAGAAAAUAAUUAAAUAAUAAUAUCAAGUAAAAAUAAAAAAUGAAUUUUAAUAAAAUUUUUUAUUAAAUAUUAAUAACUUUUUUUUAUUUAAAUCACAUUACAAUAUAUUUGAAAAACAACAACUUCAA